AUGAGCACAGUUGAUUCCUUCGACUACGAGCCACCUCCCGCCAAUGAUGACGAAUUGACUUGGGAUGAGCAGCAGCAGAUCUGGCCCAAGCAGAAGAGCUUUACCUCAGUUGCUGACGCCGCGGCCACGGCUGCGAGCGACGACGCCAGCCGUCCUCCCAGAGAAGAGGCGAGCGGCGACAAGUCUCAUGCCGGAUCGAUGCGCAGUAUUGAAGGAGAGGAAACUGCUGAAAACUCUCGAGAGGAUUUGACUCGCACCACUGCUGACGACGGAGGAGGUGAAGGUUCUUCUCAAGCGGGGUCAGCUCAAGCAGAUAAUCAGAGCAAUACUUCUUCGAAGAACAGCACAAAGAAACGCCGCAAAGGAAAGUUCUGGUUCUCAGGCCCUGGUAAAGCGACUGGUCGUCGUAUUAGUAAGCGAUAG